AUGUUUGCGGUGAGUGGCGAUGGUUCGAAGGUGGUUCGGGGUGGGAGACCCGAUCGGGUGGUGAUAUUCCUUCAUAAUGUCGAGACUGGUCUGGUGCGGGUGCACAUCGACGGCGAUUGGACCAAGUGGCUUUUUCGUUCAUUAGUAUUAUGUGGCUUGCCAGGCCCGUUGUUUGACGGAUGUGUGGUUUCGCAGAUAGCAUUACCAGCAUUACUGAGGCUAACGAUAAUCAGUAUAGCGCGUCGGAAAACGGUUGAAUUAGAAAAUUAUCAGAUGGUGUAUAGUCGAAGACGUGUGGCAAUUCAAGAGUUCGCUCGGAAAUAUGCAUUGAAGCAGACUUAUGCGGAAUUUGUGGAGAGAGUUAUUUCUGAUUAG